AUGAACUACAACAUGGAAGAACCACAGAACGCAGACGCAGCGCCCGCGGAUACAAAGCCAACCUCAGGCCAAAGAAAUGACACGCAAAGCGUGACCAAACGCCUCCAAGCCGAGCUGAUGCAACUAAUGCUCUCGCCUUCGCCCGGUAUCUCCGCCUUCCCGGACGCAGACGGCAACCUGCUCGCCUGGACAGCAACAAUCACCGGCCCGACCGAGACACCCUACGAAGGCCUGACAUUGAAACUUUCCUUCAAGUUCCCAAAUGACUACCCCUACUCGCCCCCGACAGUCCUCUUCAAGACCCCAAUCUACCACCCCAACGUCGACUUCUCCGGCCGCAUCUGCCUCGACAUCCUCAAGGACAAGUGGAGCGCCGUAUACAAUGUCUCAAGCGUUCUCCUCAGCCUGCAAAGCCUGCUAGGUGAGCCAAACAACGCGAGCCCGCUAAACGCCCAAGCCGCCGAACUCUGGGACUCAGACCAGGAGGAAUUCAAGCGCCACGUUCUCGCCCGCCACCAGGAUCUGGACGACGAGUAA